UAAGUAGUGGCUGCUCGCUUCAAAAGUAGGUGCAAAAUGAUCAGAACGUUGCAUUUGUGGAUUGUUCUGAUGGUUUUCUGUGGUCUGGCAAGCUGCGACUCCAACCAAGUGGACCGUCCACCGAAUCCUAAACAUGGGAGCGACCAGACGCACAAUGAAAGCGAACGAUCCCGAAUAGCCACCCAAAUUGAUGAGCUAUCUGAUGACGAAGAGGCUAAUCCUUGGGAACUUAGCGGAUUGUUCGAGGGAGAUAUGCUGCUGGAUCCACAUAGCGCCCGGAACGGAAUAUUGAACGAUACUAUGCGAUGGCCGAAUGCUACCGUUCCGUACUAUGUCGAAGAUGACGACUUCACUGAUGAACAGGAGUUGAUCAUACUACGGGCCAUCAAGGAGUACCACAAAAAGACCUGCAUAAAGUUCCGACCAUACCACAGGAGCGACACAAACUGGGUGGUGUUCCGAUCAAACGGUACUGGCUGCUGGUCCAGCGUUGGGAUGCAAUCCGAGGGUCAAACUGUGAACCUUCAGUCUCCAGGCUGUGUCAAACACGGAGUGGUAAUUCACGAACUCCUUCAUGCUUUGGGGUUCUUCCAUCAACAGAGUGCUGCCAACAGGGACGACUACGUUAGGAUCAACUGGGAAAAUAUUGAUCCAGGCCACGAGCAUAAUUUCAAUAAAUACAACGACAGUGUGGUGACAAGCUACGGCGUGGAAUACGACUACGGAAGCAUAAUGCACUACAGUGGCAAAGCGUUUUCGAAAAAUCAGAAACCAACGAUCGAAGCAUUGCAGCCAAAUGUGACGUUAGGACAGCGGAAAGGCCUGAGCGAAAAGGACAUAACAAAGCUGGAUCAGAUGUACGAGGGACGGUGUGAGCAACGUCCUGAUCUGGAGGAUGCCGAAUCUCCAGGCUUUCUGGACCACUUCAACUCCCUGCUCGGUUUACUCAGCAACAAUAUGCUACCGAGUAUGCUACCGUAGAUGAAGACUAACAACCAACAGAAGUUAUUUCAAUUGCAAUAAAUUUUACGACGCAACGACAACGA